UUUCUCAACCCACGCGCCAUCAAUUGAGCUGCUGAUCCUUGGAAAAUGAUUACGCCCAAUCGAAGAGGAACAAGGUAUUCAUCCAUUGGGGAGCCAGGUUUGCCACGGAUCACUCGGAAAAUUGCACGGUGGAGAUCAAGAUCAGAAGUUUAGAUGGAGGCAAAGAUUAGAUGGAGGCAAAGACAGUUUGAAGUUCAAAAAAUUUCACCUCCUAUAAGAUCUUGGCGCCAUGGGUGGUCAGUUCGUCAUCACCCACCUCUCGUUAUUCCUCUGGUUCUACUGCAAGCAUGGCCGACAUCGAUUUGAACGACCCAAUAAACUGGGAUGAACUUGACGAUUUCGAUGGGGAGGCCCGAGAACUUGCUGGUGAUUUCUUCUUCGAAGUGGAGAGCGACGAAGAGGAGGACAGAGAGGAUGGUGAAGAUGAUCGGAUGAAUUCACGUCCUCAAGCUGGCGACGGGAACAGCCAAGAGAGACGUACUCUCGGCCUCACUGGUCGCCGAGGACCUCUUUUCUUUGGCGAGUCGAGCACCGGCGCACGCGGCCGUGGCGAGGCGAGCACCGGCGCACACGGCCGUGGACCUCUUUUCUUCGGCGAGUCGAGCACCGGCGCACGCGGCCGUGGCGAGGCGAGCACCGGCGCACACGGCCGUGGACCUCUUUUCUUCGGCGAGUCGAGCACGGGCGCACGCGGCCGUGGCGCAGCGAGCACCGGCGCACGCGGCCGUGGCGAGGCGAGCACCGGCGCUCACGGCCGUGGACCUCUUUUCUUCGGCGAGUCGAGCACCGGCGCACGAGGCCGUGGCGAGGCGAGCACCGGCGCACACGGUCAUGGCUCUCCGUUCGUUGGCGAGUCUAGCAACACCGAUGCUGAGCCUGAAGUCGUUCGAUACCCUCUCUUCGACGGCGUCUUCAUAUUCACAAGUCCGUCCAUCGCCAGACGAGGCCGUCUUGGGCUAUCCGGCCGUGGCCGCGGUAGCUGUCCGCCGUUUAGAGGUGCUGCAGCUGCUGGUCGUGGAGCAGCGGGAGCUGCUGUGCGCGGUGGUCGUGCUGGUCGCGGCCGAGCAGGAGCUGCAGUGCGUGGUGGUCGCGGCCGAGCGGGAACUGCUGUGCGCGGUGGUCGCGGCCGAGCAGGGGCCGGUGCUGGCCGUGGAGCAGCCGGUGGUGGUAAUGUCGAUGGCCAGGAGCAGGAGGCAGAUGGAGAUGGAGCAGCCCGUGGUGGUAAUGGUGAUGGCCAGGAUCAAGACGCAGAUGGAGAAGAAGCUGCCGAUCACCAUGGAAAGAAGUCUACAUAACCCCCCUAACUAUCAGCUGCUGCAGAACAAGAACAAAUAUUCAGACAUUGGAGUAGGUACAGAACAAGACGCUGACCCUCUUGCUGUCCCCGGCCACUGCCGAGGAAGACCGGGGCGGCGCAGGGUACCCGACAGGGGCACGCAGCGUCAAGAGCACGAGCGGUUCCGGGGCUGCUCCGGUGACAAGGGAGGCGAGGCGCGGGUGUGUCAGCGGGCAAGCGGGGGCGGCGGCAUAAGCCGGCAGCUGGAGCCGGCGGCGAGCAGCUCAUUGGACAGAACGGGCGAGCGCGGCCGGCCGCCGGCCACGGGUUGCAAGGGAGAGAAAGCAGAACAGGGGAUUUGGACUGAGCUGAACCAUCUACCCCUCCUAGCUGUGUAA